GCAACGCACCGCAGGAGAUCCCGAUAGCCCUCGCAUCGAUCCCCUCCUCUGCGUCUUCGGAUCCCCAAUUCGAUCGUCUUCUCCGCACUCGUCCGCCGAUGAGGGUUCUCCUGUCUGUCUUCUUGCGAGAAAUGAUGGGGGAUCCCGGAUUCUUGGGCGGUCCUGGUCUUUAGGGUUCUUUCGACGGAGCGGAAUGGGUCUCGAGGGUUGGUUGCUGCAAAGCCGCGGAUCUUUUGCCCGGGGAAUGGCGGUGGUGGUGAUGCGUGGGUUCCUUUGGUUCGUCGUGGUGCUGAAUCCCCUCGUUAGGGUUCUUGCCAACAUGGAAGGUGAUGCUUUGCACAAUCUUAAGACGAACUUAAAUGAUCCUAAUAAUGUGCUACAGAGCUGGGAUCCAACUUUGGUCAAUCCAUGUACAUGGUUCCAUGUUACAUGUAAUAAUGACAAUAGUGUGAUUAGAGUUGAUCUUGGAAAUGCUCAGCUUUCUGGUACUCUGGUCCCCCAGCUUGGUCAAUUGAAAAAUCUGCAAUAUCUGGAACUUUAUAGUAACAACAUCAGUGGCACCAUACCUAGUGACCUUGGAAACCUGACGAAUUUGGUCAGCUUGGAUCUAUACCUAAACAGCUUCACUGGAAAAAUUCCUGAUUCAUUAGGGAAGCUAACGAAGCUGCGUUUCCUCCGGCUCAACAAUAAUAGUCUGUCAGGUCCUAUUCCCAAGUCUUUAACUAAUAUUACAGCCCUCCAAGUACUGGAUUUGUCUAAUAACAACCUUUCGGGUGAAGUUCCAUCAACUGGUUCCUUCUCACUAUUCACUCCAAUCAGUUUUGCGAACAACCCUCUUCUAUGUGGCCCGGGUACAACAAAAGCUUGUCCUGGUGCUCCUCCCUUAUCUCCACCACCGCCAUUUGUUCCUCCAACACCACCGUCAUCCCAAGGAAGUAGUGCCUCGAGCACUGGAGCAAUUGCUGGGGGGGUUGCUGCAGGUGCUGCUUUGCUUUUUGCUGCCCCUGCUAUAGUUUUUGCAUGGUGGCGUCGUCGUAAGCCACAAGAACAUUUCUUUGAUGUACCUGCUGAGGAGGACCCAGAAGUACAUUUGGGCCAGCUUAAAAGAUUUUCUCUGCGAGAAUUACAAGUAGCAACUGAUAACUUUAGCAACAAGAACAUUCUGGGAAGAGGAGGAUUUGGAAAAGUCUAUAAAGGGCGACUUGCAGAUGGCUCGCUUGUAGCAGUAAAAAGGCUAAAAGAAGAACGCACUCCAGGCGGGGAGCUUCAGUUUCAAACUGAAGUAGAGAUGAUCAGCAUGGCUGUGCAUCGGAACUUACUUAGGCUUCGUGGAUUUUGUAUGACACCUACUGAACGAUUGCUUGUGUAUCCUUAUAUGGCUAAUGGAAGUGUUGCAUCACGACUAAGAGAGCGCCCACCAUCUGAGCCACCACUCGAGUGGACAACACGUCGAAAGAUUGCAUUGGGUUCUGCAAGAGGGCUGUCAUACUUGCACGAUCAUUGUGAUCCUAAAAUUAUACAUCGUGAUGUUAAAGCUGCAAAUAUAUUGUUGGAUGAGGACUUUGAGGCUGUUGUCGGAGAUUUUGGCUUGGCUAAACUAAUGGACUACAAAGAUACUCAUGUAACAACUGCAGUCCGUGGAACAAUAGGACAUAUAGCUCCAGAGUACCUGUCAACUGGAAAAUCCUCGGAGAAGACUGAUGUUUUUGGCUUUGGAAUCAUGCUUUUGGAACUGAUUACAGGGCAAAGGGCAUUUGAUCUUGCCCGGCUUGCAAAUGAUGAUGAUGUUAUGCUGCUUGACUGGGUGAAAGGACUGCUCAAAGAGAAGAAGCUGGAAAUGUUGGUUGAUCCAGAACUGCAGAGUGACUAUGUUGAGGCUGAAGUGGAGUCUCUCAUCCAAGUGGCAUUGCUAUGUACUCAGGGCUCCCCGAUGGACCGACCAAAAAUGUCAGAGGUGGUGAGGAUGCUGGAAGGGGAUGGUCUUGCCGAGAGAUGGGAGGAAUGGCAAAAGGUUGAAGUGGUAAGACAAGAGGAGAUGGUCCCACGUCAUCAAACCAAUGAAUGGAUUUUGGACUCAACCGACAACCUUCAUGCCGUCGAGUUAUCUGGGCCGCGAUGAUCACAAGAAAAAAAUGCUGAAGAACAUCAUCUAAGGUCCCUUUCUCUCUAUGCAUUUCAUUCCUGUGGCUAUGGGGAAUUACAAUUGUGUAUAUUUCUUUGUGUCUGUUGUAUCAUUGUGUUAUCUGUUCAUGUGUAGCUUUCUUUUAGCAAGACCAUGUUACAAUUCCCUUCUUGCAAGUGGCAAAUUUGGAGCCUCUGCUGGAAGGCAUGCUUGACAUGAAACUAACAUAAGCUUUUGUUUGCAAAAUAGAGAAUUCUAGUCGAUCUUUUCUUGUUUCUUAGA